AUGCGGGUUCAAGACGACCUUUGGGUCAUCGAGAUCACGGAUGACUUCAAGCAGAGUAUGGGCCAGGUGUCACAGCAGAAGGGCUCCCUGACCGACUUUGAGCUUCUGAGCAAGGUGAACUUUACCUGCUGGGCCUUCAGAGCACCACCGGAGGUGGUCAUUGUCAUAGAGGUCACGCUGUACGAGCUGGGAGAAGCAUCCGAGUACCCGAAUCGGGUGGACGUCUAUGCGCCAGCAGGCUACAAGUUCUUGCUGAAUUGCUUCGCGCCUGGGGAAAAGGAGAGGCUGAGGUUCAACUUGGUCUCUUGCCGCGAGCGCUGGACGCUCUUCAACGGCAACUAUCUCAGCGGCGCCAUCCUCAUGGCCGCGGACAACGGAGUGCUGCCUUCGGACAUGCCAAUGUCCAUCCAGCUGCAAACUCUAACGCCCGCGCUGACGCCAGCCAUGACCCGGUUUUCGGAGGAGGGACUCCGAGAACACGAGGAGCAGGCCACGAAGGCACGGGUUCUCGCCGACGAGGAGCUGGCCCUCAAGUGGCAGGAGGAGGAAGACUCGCGAGCCGCAGCUGACGCAUCAAAGGCCGAGAGAUCGUCGCAGAUCGAUCAGGCGCUGCGCAUAGCAGGAACCCAUCGGUAG